UGAACUCUGCUUCAGUAACUCAGUUCAGUUAGCCCCAAACUCUCUGGCUGCUGCUUAGGACUGGUGUGUUCGGCUGGGGCUCUCUGAGCCAUGAACCGCUUCAGGGGUGCUGUCCUUCUCUGGGCAGUGGCAGCAUGGGCGAAAAUGGACAUGCCUCUGGAAGUGACAGAUGAGGCUGGCUUUCAAAAAUGCAAGAAUGCCUUAAAACUACCUGUUCUGGGAGUCUUACCUGGAGGUGGCUGGGAUAAUCUGCGGAAUGUGGACAUGGGACGGGUGAUGGGCUUGUCCUACACCCACUGCCAGACCACAGAAGACGGACAGUACAUCAUCCCGGAUGAAAUAUUUACAAUUCCCCAGAAACAGAGCAACCUGGAGAUGAACUCAAAAAUCCUGGAGUCCUGGGUGAAUUACCAGAGCAGCACCUCCUACUCCAUCAACUCGGAGCUGUCUCUUUUUUCCAAAGUCAGUGGCAAGUUCUCCUCUGAGUUCCAGAGGAUGAAGACCCUUCAGGUGAAGGACCAAGCUGUAACUACCCAGGUUCAAGUAAGAAACCUGGUCUACACAGUCAAAAUCAACCCAGAUGCAGAACUAAGCUUGGGAUUUAAGAAGGAGCUCAUGGACAUUUCUGAUCGUCUGGAGAACAACCAGACGCGGAUGGCCACCUACCUGGCAGAACUCCUGGUCCUCAACUAUGGUACCCAUGUCAUCACCAGCGUGGAUGCCGGAGCUGCCCUCAUCCAAGAGGACCACAUCAGAUCCUCCUUCCUCCAGGACAGCCAGAGCAGCCACAGUGCUGUGACUGCAUCUGCGGGAAUCACCUUCCUAAACAUUGUGAACUUCAAAUUUGAGGAGAACUACACCUCGCAGAAUGCCUUCACCAAGAACUACCUCUCAAACCGGACCAACUCCAGGGUGCAAAGCAUUGGAGGGCUUCCCUUUUACCCAGGCAUCACCCUCCAGACCUGGCAGCAGGGCAUCACCAACCACCUGGUGGCCGUAGACCGCGCCGGCCUGCCUCUGUAUUUCUUCAUCAACCCUGACAUGCUGCCUGACUUGCCGGGGCCCUUGGUGAGAAAGUUGUCUAAGACGGUGGAAACUGCUGUGAGACGCUAUUAUGCAUUUAACACCUACCCUGGAUGCACGGAUCUCAACUCGCCCAACUUCAAUUUCCAGGCUAACACUGAUGAUGGCUCUUGCGAGGGGAAAAUGACCAAUUUCUCCUUUGGCGGAGUUUAUCAGGAAUGCACUCAGCUCUCAGGGAAUGAGGUUGUCUCACUCUGCCAAAACUUGGAGCAGAAGAACCCACUCACGGGCGAUUUCUCCUGCCCCUCCGGCUACUCCCCAAUCCACCUGCUAUCCCAGAUCCACGAGGAGGGUUAUAACCACCUGGAAUGUCCACGGAAGUGCACCUUCCUCAUCUUCUGCAAGACGGUGUGUGAAGAUGUGUUCCAAGUGGCGAAGGCUGAAUUUAGGGCGUUUUGGUGCGUGGCCAGAGGCCAAGUAGCAGAAAACUCAGGACUACUUUUUGGGGGCCUCUUUAGUGGGAAGAGCAUAAACCCUUUGACCAAUGCACAGUCCUGCCCGGCUGGCUAUUUUCCAUUGAGACUUUUUGAAAACCUCAAGGUAUGUGCUUCUCAGGACUAUGAGAUGGGAUACAGGUUUUCAGUCCCCUUUGGUGGGUUCUUUAGCUGUACCAUUGGGAAUCCUUUGGUGGAUUCUGCUGUAACUGGAGAUUUACGGGCACCUUCCUUAAAAACAUGUCCCGGGGGUUUCAGUCAGCACCUAGCCCUCAUCAGCGAUGGGUGCCAAGUGUCUUACUGCAUCAAGGCCGGGCUUUUUACGGGAGGGUCUCUGCCCCCUGCUAGGCUCCCACCUUACUGUCGGCCACCCCUCAUGAGUCAGGUGGCCACCAACACGGUCAUAGUGACCAAUAGUGAGACUGCGAGAUCCUGGAUUAAAGAUUCUCAGACCCGCCUGUGGAGGCUGGGAGAGCCGCUCGAGCUUCGCAGGGCCAUGAAGACCAUCCACGGGGAUGGCAGUGGCCUGUCCGGAGGAGCAGCAGCCGGGAUCACCCUGGGAGUCGUGGCCAUCCUGGUAGCUGUCAUGGUCUUGGCCAUUUUUGGCAUCCGGAAGUACAGGAAGAGGGGCUACCUCACCUUGCAGGAUGAGAGGCAGAGUUUUGUCCCAGGCACCACAGUGGCUGGAGACACCCAUGACCAAGAGCAGGAGCAGAGCCCAGCCUAGAUUUCUCCCAGGAAACCAUUUCUCUCAUCUCCAGCCAGAACGUCUGGCACAUCUUUCUUUUUCCUUUCUCCACUGCUGCCUUCCUAAGUAUUGAAGUUCAAGCACAACAGAAAGCAGGUGUAACUUUGUGACCUCCUUAUGUCUCUGGGCCAGGAAAUGAAUGGAGGUACGUGGACAAGGUUGGGGAGGGGUUGGAGAGCUGCUGUGAUUUUUUUUUAAGCACAAGUCACCUUGGGGACUAAAACAUGAAGGGAGUGUCUUUUC